CGCACGAUCCAACUACCAAUACUAUCGUUGUCGCACACCAAGGUACGAACUCAAAGAGCCUCCUCUCAAUUCUCAACGACGCCCAAUUCCUUCUCAGGCCUCUCAACUCGACACGUUUCCAACUCUCAGGCGACAUCAAAGUCCAUGACGGGUUUCAGAAGACCUUUGAACGCACCGCUGACGGCGUUAUGGACGGUGUUCAGAAAGGGUUGAAGGAGUUCAACUCGACGAAGGUUCUCGUUACGGGUCAUUCGUUAGGCGCCUCAAUCGCAACUUUCGAUGCCCUCAUGCUCAAACAACAACUUCCUUCAUCUAUCGAACUGAAAACGACCGUGUUUGGAAUGCCAAGGGCCGGAAACAAAGCAUUCGCAGAUUUCGUCGAUUCUACGCUUGGUACAUCCGACUCCACUUAUGCACGAAUCACGAACCAAGAUGAUCCCGUUCCACGAGUGCCUCCGCAGGCGAUUGGGUAUCAACACGCCUCUGGGGAGAUACAUAUUGGAGAUGAGAAGGGAGACAAGAUUUUUCAGUGUCCAGGACAAGAUAAUGAGAGUGACGGUUGUUCUUCGGGGAACGGGGUGCUGAGUGUGUUGAAGCUCGAUGUGCCGGAUCACAAGGGACCGUAUUUCGAUGGGAUUUCGUUUAGUGGGCAGGCAUGUCCGUUGUGAUUUGCAUUUAACCUUCGUGUGAGGGUGGCAUCGACGGAGUGGGAAGCGGGCUAUUAAUUGAAGAUUUGAUCUGUAAUUGUCGACUUAGAUUCCGCCGAAUAGGC